ACUUUCAGUUGAGGCCACCAAUGCAUUGAAAUCGCUGGUCGCCCUUUAUGGCAAUGUCAUCCUUCCUUCGCAUCGAAGGAUUUAGCGAAUCAAAAAAAGUACUAAUGAAAAGAUACCUUAUUGCGUUAAUCUACUAAUUGCGUAAGUUUUACGAAUUGGGGGUUUUAUUUUCCUGGAAAGCAUUUUGCGGUUCGAGGAUUUCAGAUAUAAUUGGUUUCAGAGAUUUGUCAAUCAGAGUCAAAGAAGAUGGGAGUGAUCUCAAAUAAGAUUGAAAAGGAUGUUUUAAAACCAGGAGAUCACAUCUAUUCUUGGAGAAACGCUUACAUCUAUUCGCACCACGGUAUAUAUGCAGGCGAAGGCGAGGUGAUCCACUUCACUCGAGGAGCAGGCCAUGAGAUUGGUACUGGUACGGCCUUGGACCGUUUCAUCUUCAGCUCUUCUUCUUCUUCAACUGGUGCUGAUGGUACACAUUGCCAGAGAUGUGGUGAUCAAUCAACUCUGGAUGGUGUGAUAUCUUCCUGUCUUGAUUGCUUCCUUUCUGGUGGAGAUCUCUACUUAUUCGAAUACAGUGUAUCACCUGUUUUUUUUCUUGCCAAAGCCCGAGGAGGUACUUGCACCCUUGCCUCUUCUGAUCCACCUAGUGAUGUUUUAUACCGCGCAUCUUACCUCCUUGAAAAAGGGUUCGGUGGCUACAACAUUUUCAAGAACAAUUGUGAAGACUUUGCAAUUUACUGUAAGACGGGAUUGCUGGUGUUGACUACCCUAAGUGUGGGGCGAAGCGGCCAGGCCACAUCAUUCUUGGCUGCUGCUAGUGCAAUCGUCUCUUCACCGCUUCGGUACCUUACCACCAGUUUUACAGGUCUAUCAUUCGUAGCUGGUGGAAUGUACUGUGUUAGUAGAUUUCUUUCUGAUAUUGGGGUGCGCCGUGAUGUUGUCAAACUCCCUGUGGAGCGCCUUGUAGAGAGUUCAGACAGGAUAGACGAAGGGGAGGAGACUGCAGUUGAUAGAUUGGUUGAAAGUAGAGGCUGAAGUGAACCAAGCUCUAUCCUGUACAAAGUUCAUUUAUUUCAAGAAAAUGGAAUUAUUCACUGCCAUUUCUGUAUGUUUUUUUUUAUUUGUUUUUUUAGGUCUGGAUUUGGGAUUGAGAUUGAGAUUGAGAUUGAACAUUGUGUAACCUUCACUUGUGAGAAGUGUAUUUAUUUUCCUGUGAACAUACAAACUUUAUUAUUUUUGAAACCAAAUAGUUGCAGAUUAAAUUA